AUGUACGUACCUCUUCCUCUGGAUUGUCCUGGCACAGGGCCAGUUGUCCUGACUCGGAUCCUCCGGGGUUCAUCACCUCUGUCCUGGGCCGCUUCCCGGUCUCGCUCCCCACCAGACUACGGAGUCUCUUCUGACCGGGGCCACUGGAAGGAUCCACGAUUAGUCCUAUCGUUCUUGACCGUCCUCCAGCGUCCGGCCUUACUCCGGCGGGAGGAAAUUAGACUCCCUGAGCUACUACUGGAGUGGCUCACGUGCUGUGCCGCCGCGACGCGGGCGCCCUCUACCCCCCACCACCGCCCCCACCCCCCCUCCCCUCCCGCAAUAAUCCAUACGGCCCCUUCGUACCUGCCCCGGCCGAGGGUAGGCGCCACCUUACCAUUAUCUCACAUGUCAAAUAUCACACUACCCCUAUCGGACACUAUCUAUCAAAUUAA